UAGUCGUCAUCGCCCAUCGGUCGGUCGAUCGGUUAUCCAAAGUUUUUGUUAUUUUCUUGUACCUUCCCAGUGGAUACAUUUCGCGAUUAUAGCAACUGUGCAGUAGCGAUAGCUCGAAGCGACAACCCAGCCCAAAGAGCUGCAAUCAAUUCGCGACCGUCAGUGUUUAUCUGUCAAUCGAAGCGCUGACAGUGCUCCGUGGUUACGCUUCCUUACCCUGCAACGAUAGUGUCCCUUCAUCGUGAACAAUCAAUUUUAUGUCGCAUCUUGUCGUUUAGAAGAAGCGCAGUGUCAAAGUGUCAUCAUUUGUAUGAAAUUAGUGUGUGCUUGUUGGGUGUGUUAGUGACUGAGGUCAUUCUGUUGUCCGUGUCAUUUUAAUAAAGAAAAUAUUGUGCGACCCAGCCCCAGAGCUGUAAUUUUAGUGUAACAGUUUUAUCAAAUCAUAUUGUUUUAAGUGUUUGAUCGUACUUUAUCAAAAGUACCGUAGUUCGACAAGGUUAACACGGACACAGCAAUAGUCAGACGAGCUCAAAAUGACUGAAGAGACUUCGUCCUCAACCACCACGAAAACCAUCACAACACCCGCCAAGCUAUACGGCAAAGAUCUCGGUGCAUACGAUGACGUCGACGUGGACGAACUUCUGUCGCAGCUCUCCCCGGAGGAGAUCACCAUGCUGGCAAAAGAAGUCGAUCCUGAUGAUUCAUUUUUGCCACCAAGCCAGAGAACCAACUACGAAUGUACCAAGGAUCCUACCGGUCCCUUGGAUCGCAAGAAGCUGAUAGAUCACAUCAAUAAGCAGGCAUUGGAGACUCCGGACAAACCUGAGCUGGAACCAUUCGUGCCGGGUACGGUUCGUGGCAAAAAGUGGAUCCCACCGCCAAUGGAACGAAAGCUCCAAGAGGCAGCGGAACAGAUUGCCAUCGAUAUGGGUGACGAGUAUGAACAGGCCCUGAACGAUGCCACCCAAGAGGAGAUUAUCGAUCUGGCUGCCAUUCUCGGGUUCCACUCCAUGAUGAACCAGGAUCAGUACCACGCGUCGUUGCUCAACAAGGGCCAACCGGUCGGACUGGGAUGGGACGGCAUCACCAAGUCGUCGAUUCAGAAAGUGUACCCCGCAGAAAAGCCCAACAUGACCGACCCGGAGGAAACCAUCAAGAGACUAAAAGAUGACGAUAGCACACUGGUGGACGUUAACCUCAAUAAUAUUAAGACCAUCUCGGACGAGCAGUACGAGAAGAUGUUCGAGGCCCUGCAAAGCAACACCCACCUCGAAGUGCUCUCGCUGACCAACGUCGGCCUUACCGAUCGCACUGCCCUGUUGCUAGCUGCCGCGAUCGAACGCAACCACACCCUGCGGGUACUGAACGUGGAAACCAACUUCAUCAGCCCGCCGGUGAUCGUCACUCUGGUGAAAGCCCUGCUCACACAGAUGUCCAUCGAGGAGUUCCGAGCCUCCAACCAACGAUCGCAAGUAUUGGGUAACAAAAUCGAGAUGGAAAUCACAGACCUGGUGGAGAAGAACACGACCCUGUUACGGCUAGGUCUGCAUCUGGAGUUCAACGAUGCCCGCCAUCGGGUGGCCGCCCAUCUGCAGCGUAACAUCGAUAGAAUCCGUGUCGAUAAGAAAGAUGGCCGAUCGUCACGUGGCAGCCUCUAUCGACCGCAUCACGUCGAGGAAAGAAUGGAAGAGCUCGAGGGCGUCGAAGAGGAAGUGGAAGAAGAAGAGGAGGAAGAGGAAGAGGUCCAUGCAGUGCCUCAAGACUACGACGUCGAGGAAGAUCCGGACAAUAUCGUCAUUCGCCCGCCACCAUCCGACGACGAGGAUAUUAAGAAAAGAUCUGUCGCAGCGUCUGCAGUUUAGAUUUUUCCAAAAUAUUCACAGAAAGCAAGCGACUAUGAUACAGUGAACUAAACCUCGUAAAUCACCUUAUCGAGUGGCUAAGAACGUUAUUUAGUAGACAACACGAAUCACUAUCUCUUAAUCGUACUACUUUGUAAUUUAAUCAGGUGUACUACUGAAUCAAAAGGCAGGACUAAUAUUACUUUAUUUAGAGAACGAAGGAAACAAGGUUGGAGGUUACAAAGAUAAAGCAUACUUUUACUGAUGGUUGUUCGACUUUUUUCCGAUUGUGGCACAAGGCAGGUAUAUACAUAUUAGCAGCGGAAAAAAGGAGUAAAGUUUAUUGAUAUUGAGUUAGAAAAAAAAGAGAAGUUUUUUUUUUUAUAAUUCUUGCUUCCUUGUGUGUAUACAAUAUAAUAGCCGGAAGAAAACGAAAAGGGGAAGAUUGUUGCAAUUAAAACUUUUUUAUUUGUUACGCUAAAGUCAUACAAGUUAGUUAGCCAAUAGGAGAGCAGAGCUAGAUUAAAAAGCUAAAUCAUCAGUUUCAUCAUCGUCAUUUGCAUGAAGCAAAAACUAAGGUGCAGGAACAACAACGUGAAUCAUUACUUCUGUAUGUUGUGCGAUGUCUACGUUUCUCAUAAGUUUUAAAAAUCCAUCCGUGGUCCCGUUAAUCAUCGUCGAUGGGUCAUAACUGUCCCUCUUUUGCACUGUGGCAACAUUUUUUUUUUGUUCGAGAAAAUUUAAGCAUUUGAGUGGUCAUCGAAUGUUGAGACGCCAUCCGUUUCUGACCUCAAGGAAUGGAAGUCGAUGGAGUCAUGAAAAGGCGGAAAAAAUACGCCAAACUCGUCUGAAUCAGCGCAAGUAAAUUUGGACACAUUUGAGUCGCUCUGAUCGAUUGCUACAAAUUCAAACCAAUACAUUAAAAAAACACACCUACAUGCAUAGAUAUUUAUUCAAAUAACAAGAAACCAUCACGCAACGGUGUCCGACAUACAAACAAACGUCGAUAGUUCAAUGCAAGUGCUUUUGUGCCUGUUUGCGUGUGAAGAUGCUUUUGUGUACGGUCUGUGCGUUUGCUGAUUGCUCGUUUGCGCAUUGUGGUCAUCUGUGUGUAUGUAAAUAUCCUCCAAGCAACAACAACACCAACAACUAUACGCACGCCAAUACUCCAUGACCCACACCCAAAUCAAUAGACACCUGAAAUCCUUCUAUCGUAAAUAAAAGAAAAGACCGCAAAUGCUACAGAAUAAAGUUCGGCUCAACUAGUCGGUUGCAGUCGAAGGCGUCCAUGGAACAACGGAUCCAUAUCUGGUGAUGUAAAAUUUGCCGUGGAAGCCGUGUUGGACUUGGACAUCGUGGCAAUACUGCUGGUUUCUUCCGUGGCUAAACAGUGGCGUCAAACAUCACCCCAAUGCGCGACGGAAGCAGCAACGAACGCAGAUCGUACGGGUACUAUUCGCUGAUGCUUGUCUUAGAGAAAAGAAAAGGAAAGGUUUAAAAAUGAUUCACCAAUCGUUAGCAGCAAUCCAGAUUAAGUGUUUAAGUCCCAGUGUUGCACAUUUGAAUUGAUUUUACCUUUUGUGACGAUUGCCAAUCGUGCUGAUUCAAACAACGAUUUGCAUGUGGAAGCUUAGCAAUGAAAAAUAAGAGAAAAACUAUUGACAUAAUAUGAUGCAACCCUAUUAUUGUAGUUUUAGUUUAGUUGGUAACGUUGAGAUAGAGUUACUUUUUAGGAAUCCAAAUGGCGUAUAUUUUCUUCCUUGCCGUUUUUACCAUAAUUGAAGAUUGCAUUCGAUGAUUACCCAAAUUCUUUUAUUUUAUUCAACUAUUCAUAUUUAUAUAAUAGGCAAAGCAAAAUCUUUUUAGUUUGGAGCCAUUUAAUCCAUUUUAUUGACUAUUUUCAUUGUAUGUAAUUAUGAUAGAAUCAAUCAAUAAUGAGAAAAUUGUAAAUUUAUGAGGGGAAAUCAAUUUCUACCGAAAGAAAAACCACUGCCCAUUUAAUGCUUCAGAAAAAAACGUGGAAAAUUGUGAUUAUCAGCUUUGAGAAAAUCUGCAGCAGAGUUUAUGUUCAUCCAAUCAUCACUGUAAAGUCAAAUAUAUAUAAAAUCAAAGUA